AAGGCCGCGGUAGGUUAUGUCAACUGUUACGUAAGACUAGGCAGUAUGGUCGAAAGACUAUAGCCUGUCCUCUAAGGACGACUAAAAAAAAAACUAUGUCAACUUUCAUAUUGUUUCAAUUGGUUAGGAAAUCGAAAAAAUACGAAUUUUUUUUUUUAUUUUAUACAGUAUCCUAAGAAUAUAGUUCAGGAAAUUAUUCACAAAACCUGUGUUCUAGGUUUACCAAUGAUAUAUGAAAUAAGUGAUCUAUAAAUUAAUAAAAAUGAAUUUAUUACAUAAAGUGCUUUCCCACAUAAUUAGAAAAUCUUUCCCGAAAAACCCGAUAUUAAGGUUUAGCUCAUCGGCUUCUAUUCCUGACAUAGAUGUCGAAUAUUACUGUAAUCAAAGUAAUUCUAACGAAAUUGUUAACAACAUAAACAGUAGAAAAGGUGUAGGUGAUAUAAAACGGGUCCUAGACCUUUACGAUGCAGUUACGGCAAUUUCCCCAACACACAGUGCAUAUGAAGGUAUGCAACAAAACUUGUAUACAGAACUAAGUAAGUUGCCCAAUCGCACCCAUCCAAAUGUCCAAAAGUUUACCGAACCACAAGUGAUAAAAGAAAUUAAUAAUAAAAAAGACUUUGGCAAUCACACACCCUUAGAAUUCAGCGAGAUUACUCGCCUUUUAAAUUAUGUAAGAACAGAUAAACUUGGAUACACAUGUGGUCACAAAAGUUAUUACUUUUUGGGUAACCUGGCCAUGUUAGAAGAGGCUUUGAUAAAGUACACAGUAGCUACAUUGCUAAAAAAAAAAUUCCAACUAGUAUCUGUGCCUGAUAUACUUCCGAGUAGUGUCUUAGAAAGCUGUGGAAUGACUAUCAAUAGUGAUCGUACACAGAUUUAUUCUUUAGACCCACAUCAUCAUGGUCCAGAUUUGUACUUAUCUGGGACAGCUGAGAUGUCAUUAGCUGGACUGCUUAAGAAUUCAAUCCACAAAUAUGAUGAGCUUCCACUUAAGUUAGCUGCUGUUAGCCGGUGUUUUCGAGCUGAAACAUCUAAUGUAAUAGAAGAGAGGGGUAUUUACAGAGUUCACCAGUUCACAAAAGUAGAAAUGUUUAUAGUGACUAUACCAGAGCAGUCUGAAGAUAUGCUGGAGUACAUAAGAAGUGUACAAGAGGAACUGUUUGCUCCAUUGGGCUUUCAUAUGCAAAUUCUAGAUAUGCCUCCACAUGAACUAGGUGCUCCUGCGUAUAGGAAGUAUGACAUUGAAGCCUUUAUGCCAGGUCGUAAGACGUUUGGAGAAAUAUCCAGCUGUAGCAAUUGUACAGACUAUCAAUCAAGAAGACUUAACAUUAAAUAUAUUGCUUCUAAUAAAAACACCUAUGUCCAUACAUUAAAUGGUACUGCUUGUGCAGUACCAAGAACAUUGAUUGCAUUAUUGGAAACACACCAGGAUCCAAAAGGAAAAAUUUACAUACCAAAAGUAUUGCAACCUUAUAUGGAUGAAAAAGAAUAUAUUGGUAAAAACAUGAAUGUACCAGAACUGAAAUUAGUAAAAAUAAAACGAUAAGAAUUUU